GCGUCAGUGACCUCACAGAACACGGGAAGAAGAAGAAGCGGCCGUUGCUCACGCUGCUUGGUGCUGCUGCUGCUGGCUGGCUAACUAUCGCUCGGUUGUAAAAUCAUGGCUGCCUCAAAGCCAGUCGAGCCGCAGUCCGGCACUGGACUACCGCGCUGGCAGCUGGCCCUGCUAGUCGGGACUCCCAUAGUGCUGGGAGUGGGCGCGGUGUACCUGUGGAACCGGAGCAGGACGAAGGAGAGGAAAAGUACCGGGGAGCGGAAAACACCAGAAGGCAGCGCCAGUCCCGUGCAGGGCCAAGACGGCGCAGCACGAGCCAACCGGGAGCAGGAGAACAUGAACCCUUUGGAUCGGGCCCAAGCAGCAAAGAACAAGGGCAACAAGUAUUUCAAGGCUGGGAAGUAUGAGAACGCCAUCCAGUGCUACACGGAGGCCAUUGGACUGUGCCCCACAGAGCAGAAGACUGAUUUAUCAACAUUUUACCAGAACAGAGCGGCAGCAUACGAGCAGCUGAUGAAAUGGGCAGAAGUGGUACAGGACUGCUCUCAGGCUGUUGAUCUGAAUCCACGCUAUGUCAAGGCUCUCUUCAGGAGGGCCAAAGCUCUGGAAAAACUAGACAACAAGAAGGAGUGUCUAGAGGACGUCACAGCCGUAUGUAUUCUUGAGGCCUUCCAGAACCAGCAGAGCAUGCUGCUAGCAGACAAGGUUCUGAAACAACUGGGAAAAGAGAAGGCCAAAGACAAGUACAAGAACCGUGAACCGAUGAUGCCCUCUCCUCAGUUCAUCAAAUCCUACUUUAGCUCGUUCACCGAUGACAUCAUCUCACAGCCCCUGCAGAAGGGGGAGAAGAAAGAUGAAGACAAGGACAAGGAGGGCGAGGCAGCCGAGGUCACUGGAAGCUCCGGCUACCUGAAGGCAAAGCAGUACAUGGAGGAGGAGAACUACGACAAAAUCAUCAGUGAAUGCACCAAGGAGAUCGAGUCAGGUGGUCGAUACACUGCCGAGGCCCUCCUGCUGCGUGCCACAUUCUACCUGCUGAUUGGUAACGCGACUGCUGCUCAGCCCGAUCUGGACCGGGUAAUCAACAUGCACGACGCCAAUGUGAAGCUACGAGCCAACGCUUUGAUCAAGCGUGGCAGCAUGUACAUGCAGCAGCAGCAGCCUAUGCUGUCUACACAAGAUUUCAACAUGGCAGCCGAGAUCGACACACGCAACCCUGAUGUCUAUCACCACAGGGGACAGCUGAAAAUCCUACUGGACCAGGUGGACGAGGCGGUGGGAGACUUUGAUGAGUGCAUCCUGCUCAGGCCUGACUCUGCUCUCGCACAGGCACAGAAGUGCUUUGCUCUGUACAGACAAGCUUAUACUGGAAACAAUCCGUCACAAGUACAGACAGCCAUGGACGGCUUUGAGGACGUUAUCAGAAGGUUCCCCAAGUGUGCUGAGGGCUACGCUCUUUACGCUCAGGCUCUGACUGAUCAGCAGCAGUUUGGAAAAGCUGACGAAAUGUAUGACAAGUGUAUUGAACUGGAACCAGACAACGCUACCACAUAUGUCCACAAGGGUUUGUUACAGCUCCAGUGGAAACAAGACCUUGACUUGGGUCUAGAGCUCAUCAGUAAGGCCAUCGAAAUUGACAACAAAUGUGACUUCGCCUAUGAAACCAUGGGAACCAUCGAAGUUCAAAGGGGCAAUCUGGACAAGGCAAUAGAAAUGUUCAACAAGGCAAUUAACCUAGCCAAGUCGGAGAUGGAGAUGGCCCAUUUGUACUCGUUAUGUGAUGCAGCAUACGCCCAGACUGAGGUGGCGAGGAAGUACGGGCUGAAACCUCCAACACUGUAACUCCUCCGCCAACCGAUCGCCAAUCUGUUCAUCGCUCAACAUAACUGUGUUUAAAAGUGCAACUGUCUGAUUUAACUUUGAUUUGUAAAAAGUGAAUACUGGAUUAUGUGAGAAAUAAUUAAGAGCCCUGGAAAUAUAUAUAUAUACACCCUGUUUACAUCACAUUCGAAGGGUUUGCUAUCACAGAGAGAAGGAUUUCUAUUCACUAUCAAAGCAGAGGCUGUAAUCUGGGGUCUGACUCGGUGGGAUGUCGGGUGUGGGAGGGUGGGGUCUUGAUCAAUGCUGACACUUUCAGUCGUCAAACCCUUUUAUUGCUAAGUAAAGAGAAGGAAUGUGUUCAGAAAACAUACAUGAACGGCCAUGUAUACCUGUCUUAUUAACAGUCGCUAUGUAAAAGAAAGCGGGAGUCGAAGUGUGCGCAGUCUGUUGAACCGAUAACUGACUUCAAGGCUUUUGUGACAAUUUCAAAUCUACAGAAAAAUACUGUGAGAGCUUUAUAUAGUUCUAAUGGACUGUUCACUUGUUAAUUUAUGCUGAUCUAAAGUGGUUUUGUCCGGCUCCUUUCCUAUUGUAACAUACAUUAGCAGUUCUGAAUGCAAGAUAAAAAAUUAUAGUCAAAUGUGUAAUGUCUGUGUUUGUAAUGUUGGAGUUGAUCCCAUGGACACGGAGCAGCAGAGAAGAUAGUUUAGCAGCCGGAGGUGUUUUUUUUGUUUUUUUUAAUUAUGGGAUUGCCUGUUUUUCUUUUUUUUUAUAUACUUUGUGCAGCAUGUUCACUUUAUAAAUAAAUGUAAAUGCAAUGCUCGUGCUGUCUUGAACACUAGGAAAACGCUAACUAUAAGAGACUUUGGGCAAAACACUUUUGAUUAGAUAAACAGCUUUGUGUCUUUAGUUUUUUGAAAGAUGUUUUUUUUUUUUUUUGAAUUGCCUCGAGUGUCAGAUGAUGUCACAAGGGAUUCAGUGUUUUUUCCUAGCUCACCUCGAUUGAUAAACAUGAUUUAUUUUCUAUUUUCUUGUAAAAUGUUUAUUUUUCAUGAUAUUUGGUUUCAACUGAAGACAGUCGUAUUUUUCUUUUCUCACAUUUUCAAAUUAUAUUGUCACAAACCCGAGCCUUAUUGCUUCUGACCCACAUACAGCCCUGAGAAACUCUUGGCACUUUGUAUGAUCUGGUUCAGUAGCAUCUGAACUUUGUAAAAGGAAAAAUAACAAAUAUAAAAAUUAGCCGUUGCUGCUGAAUGUUCGUAUGUUUGGAACAAUUUAACAUUUUUGGAAAACUAAAUUUAAGUACGUCUUGUUCUGUGACAUUCAUUCAUGUAGCAGCAGUGAUGGCUAAUUUUUAUUGAAUGUUGUUAUACAAAGGAACCAGAUCACGCAGUCUGAGCUGCAGCUGGUGACGACUACUUCUCAACAAAAAACAUCUUUGUUACACUUACAGAAUCAAACAAGUAAACCUUUUGAGAAAUUGAUACAUAUCCCUCAGUGGAUAAUUUGUGGGUAUCCACAUAACUUUGGCCGUUUGAUAGUUGUUAUGCAGACAUUCUUCAUCAGCGACAUGUAUGGUGACCAAAGUAAAAGAGAAUAUGAAUCCUAAUAAAGUUAUAAUUCCUGGAAUGAA